AUGUCUGAGCCCCUGUUUGUUGAUCUCAGCGAGAGUAAGCCCACUGAAAUCGAGAGUAUGUGUAUGAAAUGUCAUGAAAAUGGCAUCACUCGUAUCUUGCUCUCCAAGAUUCCUCAUUUCAAGGAAAUCAUCAUCAUGGCAUUCGAAUGUCCUCACUGUGGAUUCCGUAACAAUGAACUUCAAAGUGCUGGUGUAUUCAACGAAAGAGGCCAUAUUAUCACCUUGACCAUCAAGUCCAAAGAGGAUAUGAACCGUCAACUCGUUAAAUCCGAUUUCUGUUCUGUCAAGUUUGAGGAACUCGAUCUAGAGAUUCCUGCCAACAACAACCGUGGUCUUCUUACAACAGUCGAAGGUUUGGUUGAUAAUGUCAUUGAUGAUUUGGCUGCUGGUCAACCCAUCCGUAAAGCCACCGAGGAGGCUGUAUACAACAGAAUCGAGGAGAUUAUUGCCACUUUAAACAGCUACAAGGAAGGAAGCGCAUUUACUCUCAAGCUUGAUGAUCCCUCUGGUAAUUCCUACGUCGAGAACAAGUGUCUCCCCAACCAAGAUCCCCAAAUCAAGUUGAGAUGGUACACGCGUACGCCUGAGCAACAAGCUUUCCUCGGUCUUCAAGCUGAGAAUCAACAAACACCUGCUGAACAAGCUGCUGCGUUAGCACUUCAACGCACAGGCACUGCAUCCGAGAUGGUGAAUGAAAAGACCGGUCUUCCCGAAGUUAUGUCUUUCCCUGCCAAUUGUCCCAGCUGUAACUCUCCUUGUUCCACCAACAUGCAUGUGAUGGAGAUUCCUCAUUUCAAGGAAGUCGUCAUCAUGGCUACCAACUGUGAGCAUUGUGGUUACAAGAGUAACGAAGUCAAGGCCGGCGGACCCAUUUCUGAAAAGGGUAAGCGUAUUACACUCAAGAUCACCGACCCAGAGGAUUUGUCCAGAGAUAUUUUGAAAUCAGAGACUUGUGGUUUGAGCAUUCCCGAAAUCAACUUGGAGUUGACACAAGGUACUUUGGGUGGCCGCUUCACCACAGUAGAGGGUUUGUUGAGACAAGUGCAUACAGAAUUACGUGAUCGUGCACCCUUCAUUGAAGGUGAUUCUGGCACGGAUUCGGGGAAGGACAGAUGGGCUCGCUUCUUGAACAAUUUGACAUUGGUUGCUGAUGGCAAGAUGAUGCCUGUCACUCUCAUCAUUGAUGAUCCCUUGUCUAAUUCAUACUUGCAAAACUUGUAUGCCCCUGAUCCAGACCCAGAAAUGACCAUUGAAGAUUACGAACGUCCUUGGGAGGUGAAUGAGGAUUUGGGAUUGAAUGAUAUGAAGUUGGAGAAUUACGAAGAAGAACACAAGAGACAGCAACAAGCUGAAGAAACCGAGCAUGCUUGA